AUGGAGCGACCCAAGACUCCUCCGGGGAAUCCAAGGCCCACCGUGCCUGCCGGAACACCCCCAACGCCAGCUGCAACUCGUCGCAUGGAAGAAUCCCGUCUGAAAUCAAAAGCCCUCCGCGACCGCCGCGAAGUCGAAGCACCCUCCGCCCCGGUCCCUACAACCUCGUCAGGCUUCAUCGCAACAGACACAGUCCACAUCACCAAGGCCGGCGCAGCAGCAGGCACCGGCGGCGGCGCGGGGACAAAACGCCCGCACUCUUCCAUCUCGACGACGACAGCGCCCGAGACGAAUCGCGAUGCCCGCGACACCACCGCCCUGCGCCCGGCGCGCAACUUUGCCAAGUUCGUCGAUUACAACAUGUCCGCCAUGACGGACACCAAAGGCGGUUUCCUCACGGCCGAGGACGACCCGCACAAUACCGCCCUCGUCCCCAAGGUCAAACCGGGCGGGCCGCCGACGGAGGAGAAGCCGAAGGGCAUGUCGAGCCAGGAGUGGGAGCGCCUGCAGCUCCUCCGGAAAUUGCGCAGGCAAAAGGCCGGGCCGUUCGAGCCCGGGCUGAGCGUCCUCGCCGACGACGCCACGCGGAAAAAGUGCCGCGAGUGCUCGUCGGUUGAGAUCGACUGGGUGUGGGACGAGGUGUUUGGGAUACAGGUCUGCCACGCCUGCAAGGAGUCCAUCCCGGACAAGUACUCCCUCCUCACCAAGACGGAGUGCAAGGAGGACUACCUCCUGACGGACGAGGAGCUCAAGGACGCGGACCUGCUGCCGCACCUGUCGAGGCCGAACCCGCACAAGUCGCACUGGCACGACAUGAUGCUGUUCCUGCGCUUCCAGGUGGAAGAGUACGCCUUCAAUACGAAGUGGGGUUCGGCGGAGAAGCUGGACGCCGAGUUUGAGAAGCGGGAGGCGGACAAGAAGCGGCGGAAAGAGGCGAAGUUCCGGGACAAGCUGAAUGACUUGAAGAGGAAGACGAGGACGGAGGCCAUCCGGCGACAGCAAGCCACGCAAGCAGCCGGCGCCGGACCGAGGAAGUUUGGCGAUUCCGUUGGUGGCGGGAAACACGUUCACGAAUGGGGACGGGCGGUUGAGAACGAGGACGGGAUGACGGUGAAGAAAUGCAACGGCUGUGGGAUGGAGGUUGAGGAGCUAGAAUUCUAG